AUGUUUUGGCGCUUGGACAAGGCGACGCAGUCCAAAGUCGAUUAUCUGAUCCCCAAGGUCGGUGGCGUCGCUCUUCAUACUGCCGGGCUGCAGGAUGUAGCUACACUACGCCAGCACCAAGCAAGCAUGCAGAUGGAGCACGCGCACCACCGUCGGCAGAUGCGGAGUGCGUAUAUCGAUGCUGGAUUUCACAAUGCGAUCAAGAUAGGAAGGGGUCUCGAGACUGUCAGGGUGGCCCUGGAACUGGAGGCUGGAAGCUGGCGCAGUCCGCUCGCCAUUCUGCGCUGA